GUGCAGCGACCCGACCCGACCCAAACCAAAUCGACCCGGCCCACAUUUCUAACCCAAUUUUGUUUUCUUCUGUUUUCGCCGCCGAGUGAUCGGAAAGUCGAUCCCGAGUGCGAGUGAGAGAGAGAGACAAUUUAACCAAAUAUCUGAUUUCUUCGUCGGAGUUUUUUCGCUGAUGACGAUAGCGGCAGCGCCAGCACACCAGACAGAUCGAUCAGUCUCUGCUUUUUCCCCUGCCUACGCGACGGCGGCGAAACCGGUGGCUGUUCCGGUUCAGCUUCCGCCGGGAGCUGUGGUUUCUGAAGGACUGGGGAAGGAUGCGUUAAUCUCGUGGUUCAGAGGCGAGUUCGCGGCAGCGAACGCGAUAAUCGACGCGAUGUGCGCGCACCUUCGGAAAACCGGAGACGAGGCGGUUUCUGGAUCGGAAUACGACGCUGUUUUCGCCGCGAUCCAUCGCCGGCGUCUGAAUUGGAUCCCAGUUCUCCAGAUGCAGAAGUACCAUUCAAUCGCUGAGGUGGCGAUCGAGCUGCAGAAAGUGGCGGCUAAGAAGGCGGAGGAUCUGAUUGAAAGGAAAACAGAGGCGGAGGAUCUGAAAGAGAUGAAAACAGAGGCGGAGGAGGUGGUGAAGAAAGCUUGUUUUAACGGCGAGAAAUUAACGGAAAACGAGCUAAACGGAGAUGUAGAAGAAGUGGAAGACGAUUCUCCCAGUAGUGAUAUCACUGAUUCAGGUUCUCAUCAAGAUGUUCAACAAACUGUUGCUGCGGAUACUGCACAGAUUAUUUGCCAGAACCAUGAAGAUUGCGAUGCACGUUCAUGUGAGAUCAAGCCUAUCAAAGGUUUCCAAGCCAAAGAGCAAGUGAAAGGCCACACUGUGAAUGUUGUGAAAGGACUAAAGCUGUAUGAAGAGUUACUUAAAGAAGAUGAGUUAUCCAAACUGAUAGACCUUGUGGCACAACUCCGAGAAGCUGGCCAAAACGGGAAGCUUGCAGGUGAUAGCUUUAUCCUGUUUAACAAACAGAUAAAAGGGAACAAGAGAGAGCUGAUUCAGCUUGGUGUCCCGAUCUUUGGCCAUGCUAAGGAUGAAAACUCCAACGACAGCAACGACUCUGUUAACAUCGAGCCGAUUCCACCACUUCUUGAGAGUGUCAUUCAUCACUUUGUCACAUGGAGACUCGUCCCAGAAUACAAGAGACCAAACGGCUGCGUCAUCAACUUCUUUGAAGAGGGUGAAUACUCACAGCCUUUCCUCAAACCACCUCAUCUAGAACAACCAAUCUCCACUCUUGUCCUCUCUGAAUCAACAAUGGCAUUUGGACGCAUUCUCUCUAGUGACAACGAAGGCAACUUCAGAGGACCAUUAACGCUUUCUCUCAAACAAGGAUCUCUGUUGGUGAUGAGAGGGAACAGUGCAGACAUGGCAAGGCAUGUAAUGUGUCCAUCAAACACCAAAAGAGUCAGCAUCACAUUCUUUCGUGUACGACCUGAAACCAACCAUAACCAUUCACAACUCAACAGUCCUCACCACGACGGUGUAAUGACAAUGUGGCAACAACCACCACCGUGUCACUACCAAAUGACACCAACUCCAUACCUCAAUGGCUUUGAUCAUUCCAUUGACAUGAUGCCAAAACUUGGAGUGCUUCGUCCUCCAAUGGUCAUGAUGGCACCACCACCGGUUCAACCGAUGGUACUAUCGAGCCCGGGUGUGAUGGGAACCGGUGGUGGUACUGGUGUUUUCUUACCAUGGACCUCAUCAGUUAGCUCAAGAAAACAUGUGAAGCAUUUGCCUCCACGCGCGCAGAAGAAGCGAUUGCUUCCUCUUCCUCCUCCUGCUACUUCUCCAGCUGGAGAUUCCACCUCUGAGCCUGUGGUCAGUGUAGGUGGAGCCUGAGCCUGAGCCAAGCCCCUUUGAUCUGGUCCUUGUCUAAGCAAUGCUCUGUUUCUUCUCUUUUGUUCCUGUCUUUUUUUCUGCAAAUUCAGUUUAGGUUAACUCAGGGUUUAUAGAUAGAAUGAAGUCUGUUAAAUCCCCAGAGGCAUGUGUUGCAUUUUUUUUCGUUCUUGUGUACGAUUUUAUUAUCAGUAUAUCUUCAAAAUAUUACCUUAUAUUGCUAUUUACACAAAAAGGAUAUAAGAACAUCACUUCAAA